GCAACAGUGGGCAAUCCCUCUUCCACAGCAGCAGGACAAGCGGGGAGAAGCAAAGACAGACAGGGGCAGAUAUGUAAAGAGGUGGAGCGACUUGAGUCUGGUGGCGGAGGACACAAAGAGAGAGAGAGAGAGAGCGAUAGGGGGGAGAGGGAAGUCUGCAGAGAGGGAGGCAGAAGGGAAAUAGGCAGCGUCGGUGGCAGCGUAGACCAAGGUUGCUCCAGUGUGCAUGCGCGCCAGCUUUUUCAUUCACACUCUCUCACUCUCACACACACGCACACACACACACGUCCUCUCUCUCUUACUCACCCACUCGCUCAUUCACACACACAGACGUUCACACACACACACACACACACACAGACGUACACACACAGCCUCGAGCAGAAGCAGCAGAGCAUCGUGGGUGUGAAGCAGCAUGAGAUGUGAUAGCUGUUCCUCUACCCGUACUGCUGGCUGAUGCACUAACUUAAUUAGAGCACACACACACACACACACACACCUCCUACACGCGUACUCACUAGCACACCUUGGUUAUAGGCGGGAAGACACACACGCACUCGCAGAAACACUCAACCGGUCUGCAGCCAGGAGUCAACAUGGGUCUUGUGGUGGGAACCUUUUCCAUGCAAACCAAGCAGGUGAACUACCGCAAAGACAAAGCCGAUGAUGACUUGGAGAUGACAACGGUGUGCCAUCGACCUGAGGGCCUCGACCAGCUGGAAGCGCUAACUAACUUCAACAAAAGAGAGCUCCAAGUGCUCUACAGGGGCUUCAAGAAUGAAUGUCCAAGUGGCAUCGUAAGUGAAGAAACCUUCAAGCAGAUAUACGCCCAGUUCUUCCCCCAUGGAGAUGCCAGCACCUACGCACACUACCUGUUCAACGCGUUUGACACAGCGCACAGCGGCUCCAUCAAGUUCGAGGACUUUGUGACAGCGCUGUCAAUCCUGCUGAGGGGCUCCAUCACUGAGAAGCUCCAGUGGACCUUCAACCUCUACGACAUCAACAGAGACGGAUACAUCAACAAAGAGGAGAUGACAGACAUCGUGAGAGCGAUAUACGACAUGAUGGGGAAGUACACUUACCCGGUCUUGAAAAACGAAGCACCCAAACAGCAUGUGGAGGCCUUCUUUCUGAAAAUGGACAAAAACAGAGACGGCGUGGUUACUCUGGACGAAUUCAUCCUCUCUUGUCAGGAGGAUGAAAACAUCAUGAGGUCUCUACAACUCUUUGAAAAUGUCAUCUAGGACGGCGGAGAGGGAGACGGAGCAACAGACCGAGCGGAUAGAAAAGAGAUGGAGGAGAAAGAGAGACGAACAUACAAGAGCAAAGGAACAGCAUCGCCUUCCAUUGAAACAAAAACAAUGGAUCUUGUCGCGUUGUGAAGAACGGUUGCUGCAAAGCUUCACAGGAGGAAUCUCUGGAAAAGCGCCCUCUGGACUUAAACCCUUUAUUUGACCUCUCUGUGGCCAUUCGCCUGGUCUCCAUCGCCCACCUUUGUUGCUGUCGCCUCUGACAGUGCACAUUUCAUGAGAUUGCGUCAAUACUGAUUCUCUCACUUUUGGUCCGAUACCCUUUCUGAAAUGUGUAAAUUAAACCGUGUCGUCAAGAAGGACUGGAAUUCACAGAAGCGGCUGGGCGGCCGGCUUUGUGCAUUAGAGGCUCAUCCACCUGCCGUCAUCAUGCGUUUUCCGUGUCGACACAACCAAACGUGACCAAUAUUCUGAAGCAUGCAAGACAGAAGCCUACAUAACGUGUGUGUGUGUGUGUGUGCCGUAAGAAAACACUCGGUGGCAAUAUACUCAGCGCAGAUACAUACAUUUGGGAAGUGUAGCCUCUCGAAGAGCCACCUCGUCCGGCGUGGAUGAAGGUCUGCGGAGCUGAACUCGGCCCUCAGCCAGCUUUCCGUCUUUUGUCUCGUGGCAGCUUGCAACAGUCCUCUUUACGCCCGCUGUGUGUGUGUGUGUGUGUGUGUUCCAGUGGUGUCAGUCAGUGUUUCAAUGUCGUAAAGGACUGGACUGUAGAUAUUUAACCGUGGUGUUUAUGGCCUCUUAACGCCGUGUGGAAUGAUUCAUGUCUCGUCUGCGUGGUUCUGACUAUCUGUCUGUCUUUCUGUCUAAUUGGAUACAACUCAUUACUCUAACACAUGGUACUCGUUGUUAAAAACAGAGUGCAUUAAGAAGUGUACCGGCUAACCAAUGCAGAGUCGCAGAGGGACGUGCAUUUGUUUGUUUGUGCGGUUUUGUUGGAUAUUAGUGUCUUUUUUUGGUUCUAGCUCCGUCUCGGGGACACCACAAUCAGUCCGCCUCAACAGGAGAGUUCUGUCGUCAGUUAACGUCCGUCAUAAAUGUUGACUUGGAGUGACCAGCCUUUCACUGUGAGGGAGCGACAGGAGAGCGAGCUACGGGAAGGACGGAUGGUUGAGAAAGACCGGAGGGAGACGAGAGAUUAGGACAGAAGACGAGAGAGACCUUGUCACUGAUUCUGAAGGAACGGAAGCCAUGUUCAAACAAGGGCCGUCGUUUGGGAGAUUGAGCAGGACAAAAAAAAGAUUUAUAAAUGAAUCACCGUCACGCCCACUCACUGUGCUACCAGUAGUAUAAUAAAAGUCCUCGCUGAGAUGUGCUCAUCUCAAGGGUGUACAAGACAUUCAUCCAAACAGACUGACAGACAGGUAGAAAAACAGAUCUUUAAAAAACUGUCACAAUUAAAUAAUAUGUGUAUUGAAAUACUGUAAAAAUCAUUAUAUUUAUCAAUAAACUUUGCAAGAAAAAAAUGAA